UGACAAUACCCCCAUGCAAUACCUGAUUAACACGGACAACGCAACGGAUGUGCAAGUGUUCAAACAAGAACGCGCAAGCUUGAUGUCAAAUCUGAGAAACAACGUGAGUGCAACCGGUGACUCUUGCCGCAAAUAUGCUGCGGGGAGUGUCACUGGUACGGAUUUUCAAACCAUAUAUGGGCUUGUGUAGUGCACGCCGGAUCUUUCUAGCCAAAAGUGUGACGAAUGUUUGGAGGGGAUCGUGGAUGUAACUCUGAAUGAUGGGAAGAAAGGUGGGAGAGUUCUUACUCCAAGAUGUCAUAUUAGGUUUGAAACAUACCGUUUCUUUCAGUUUCAGCCUACUACUACUACUAAUAACAACACUACUACUUCCAAAUCGCGAUUUGUGAUCGUCGUAGCAGUGCCAUCUGUUACUGUUUUGGUGUUCAUCAUGUGUUCUAUAUGCGUCUAUUUAAAAGUGAAAAGGCCAAGCAAACUUUCUGAAAGCACAUUUGUUGAAGAAGAAAUUACGAUGAACGAGUCAUUGCAGUUCGACUUUGAUACCAUACGAGUUGCUACAAGUGAUUUCUCAAAUUCUAAUAAACUAGGACAAGGUGGAUUUGGAGCAGUUUAUAAGGGUCAGCUCUCCAAUGGACAAAUGAUUGCCGUCAAAAGGUUGUCAAAGGACUCUGGCCAAAGAGCUACGGAGUUUAAGAAUGAAGUGCUUUUAUUGGCCAAACUUCAACAUCGAAAUUUGGUUAAGCUCCUUGGUUUUUGUUUGGAAGGAAUUGAAAGGUUGCUUAUUUAUGAGUUUGUUCCUAAAAAAAGUCUUGAUUACUUCAUAUUUGAUCCAAUCAAGAGACAACAAUUGAAUUGGACAAGCCGGUACAAAAUCAUUAAAGGUGUUGCCCGAGCUCUUCUUUAUCUUCAUGAAGAUUCUAGAUUUCGUAUUAUACAUCGUGACCUCAAAACAAGUAAUAUCCUCUUAGAUGAUGAUAUGAAUCCUAAGAUAGCAGAUUUUGGAUUAGCAAAACUGUUUGGCACGGAUCAAACUCGAAAUACGAAUCAAAUUGUGGGAAUAUAUGGAUAUAUGGCACCCGAAUAUGCAAUGUACGGACAAUUUUCAACAAAGUCAGAUGUUAUUAGCUUUGGUGUAAUAGUCCUUGAAAUUGUGAGCGGCAAAAGGCACAUUGAGAAUGGCAGUGAGGAGAGUAUAGAGCAGCUACUAAGCUUUGUUUGGAGAAAUUGGAAGGAGAGAACAGCUAUAAAUAUCAUAGAUCCACCAUUAAGCAAUAUUUCACCAAAUGACGUUAUGAGAUGCGUCCACAUUGGUUUGCUUUGUGUUCAAGAAGAUUUAGCGCAUAGACCAAACAUGAGUUCUAUUGCAUUGAUGCUGGAUAGUUGUUCUGUAACUAUGCCAACACCUUCAGAACCUGCAUUUUUUCUGGGGACUACUAGAACUAGAAGCCUUCCAUUAUCAGACAUACAUUCAGCGGAGAAUAAUACAACAACAAGAACAAGUGAAUCCGCAAGUAAAUCAGCUCAAGAAUCAGAAAAUGAGGCUUCCGUUACUGAGCUAUAUCCUCGCUAA